AUGCUCAACAUCGCACAUCUCGCACCGGAACCGCAGAUUUCCACUCCCAAACAGACGCUGAAACCUGCCGGGGUGGUCGCACUCGUGGUUUUCUUGAAGCUCAGCAUGCGCAAGACGAAUGCGACGAUUGCGUUCAGCUCGAGGAAGGAUCACUUCGGCGUCGCGGUCGACGACCUCUUCCGCCCGCUCGAUCAUUCGGCCUUCGUCUGCCACAGCACAACGACAGUUCUUCCAUCGUACGCCACAGACGUAGCAGAACUCAGUCUUGCAGCGGCAUCUGGUGGAAAUAUGGUCAGCCGAGACGUGUCAAGCGAGAACAGUUGGUGGAAUCUUCUCAGUGUUCAUCAGAAGUGA